AUGCAGUUUAACAUUCUGUCCAGCACGCCGGCACCCAUCGUCUCCGAGUCUUUGUAUGUGGAGAAGGCUCCUUUCAAUGGCGGAGAGGGCGGGAGUAGAUACGAUGAUCGCCUCCUCACUGGUAGUGUGAGUGGUCAUAGUAUGUUGAGUAGUCCCACUCAUCAUCAUCAUAGCACCAGUACAGCCCGAUCGUUUCCCGAAGACGAGCAUGAUCAGCAAGAGAAAGACAUUCGGAACAACAACGGCAACAACAACAUCAACCACAGCCACAAGAAACGAGGCCGCCGUCGUCGUAAAGGCAAGAGUCGCAGCAAGGUAGAACCCCUCUCUCCGUACAAGAAGAGUACCAGUCAAACCAUGCCUUGCAGCAAUAGUAAGAAACAACACGACGCUCCCAUGACCAAGCGUGACAUUUACUUUGCCCUGGACUGCGAAAUGGUCGGCGUGGGACAGGAUGGCCUCACUUCGGCCGUAGGAAGAGUGUCCAUUGUCAAUUGGGAGAAUCAAAUUGUCCUCGACACGUAUGUACGAGUCCCUCAACCCAUUACGGACUAUCGCACGUAUGUGUCUGGAAUCACUCCGGAGCAUUUGCAGCCUCGACCGGGCCACCCCUUGAUGACCUUUGCCCAAGUGAGAGAAAAAGUACAGUCGAUUCUCCGUGGGAAAAUCUUGAUUGGACACGCUCUGGAAAACGAUUUGAAAGCGCUCGGAUUGUACCAUCCUUGGACCGAUAUCCGAGACACGGCCACCUACACGUACUACAUGAGGCAAUUCCGAGACCCCGUCUCGCAGUGUGUUUCUUAUGUUCCGAAAAAGCUUCGAGAUUUGGCGUGGGAAAAGCUAGGACGCCAAAUACAAAUGCCGGGAAUGCCGCACUCGCCCAUGGAAGAUGCCGUGGCCGCUCUUGAUCUCUACAAGGAAGUUCGUGGACAGUGGGAAGAUCAUCUCAUUCGAGUGGCGCAGCAAAAGGACGAAGAGCAACAACGACAAUUGAUGGAACGGCGUCAGGAAGAACGACAGAGGCAGCAACAACAGCAGCAGCAACAACAACAACAGCAACAGAUGCGUCGCUUUCAGUGGUUGGGGGCUCCUGCACCCGCACAAGCACCAAUCUACCCCAUGAUGCAUCCGGUGCCACCCUCGCCGACCUAUUCGCGCUACCCAGCACCCAUGAUGAUGAUGCCCCCACCGCCGCACAGUCCGGCGGCUUCGGCCUUUUUGCAGGCACCCGCAUCAUCUCCGCCGCAACCGACCAUGCGAUCCAGUGGAUGGUUUGGAUUCUCGAGGAGACCCAAACCGUCUCGACAGGCCAUUCCCUCGGCCGUCUCGCAUGACUCAACGUCGACCAGCACCACGGUCCAAUCGUCCUUUUCGCAAGAUCAAUUCGCUUCUCCGAGAGGUGCUUGGCAUGUGCGAGAAGAACUGGCCGAAGCCGACAUUGCCAUGGAGGCCUCACAAGAAGCGAUCCUGGAAGAACCGGUUGCGGAAACACCCGUCGUGGUGGAAGACAUCAAGCAUGUCGAUUGCUCCGAGACGACGCAGACUAGUACGUCCCUUGAAGAAUCCAUCACGGAAGAGUCCACCACCUCGACGUCAACCGAAGAGUCACCUGCCGACUAUGAACCGCCACGAUACUUUACCAACCCGGAUCCAGAACCCAUGUCGUCCUCGUCGUGGUUCAAGUUGUUUUCGCGUUCGUCCAAGACCAAUUCGACCAGGGGAGACUCGGAUUCAGACUCUGAACAGGAAGAAGAACAAGCGCCCAAGAUUCGUCGAUCGUCGGAGACGGAAACCUUGUCGAAGUCGCUCUUUUCCAGUAGACUCUUUCCACGAAGAAAUUCCGAAAGUUGCAUGCAAGAAUUGGCAGAGAGGGAAGUGGAUGAGCAUUCCAAGUCUCUGCAUUAG